GCAAAGGAAACUAUGGUUCAGAAUCGUCUGAGGAACCCACCUAUUUCUUACACUAAUCCUGGGACACCCUGUAUAUUUCAAUAGACGCUAUCGGUGAACAAUCGAAGCUAUUGGACACUACUCUGUUGCGUUAUCGCGGCAUCAGUUUAUAUAACUAAACGGCGCAGUAUAAUAUAUACUAUAAAAUGGACAAACACGAAAGGACAGAUCGAUACUAGUAAUCAUAGUAAUCGUAUCGCAUUACAAGGCAAGAUGAAGAGAUAAUCCUGGCAGAGCUACAUACGUAACCGAUUAUUUCAGCGAGGAUGAUUCCAUAGCUUCGUUAACGUUAGAUCAAACGCUACUGUGAAUACACAUAGUCCGAGGAUACAAAAAAUAUACUUCAUGAGAGGAUUACUGUUACUCGCGAUGAUUCUUCCUAUCCUGACACCUGUUCAAUCGGCGAACGGUGUAAUAUGGAACAAAAGAGGGCAGGAUUUCGUGCCGAUCUUCAACAUCCCCGUCUUUGCUGCGAUAAAUCAGGAGGUGAUUAAUCAAAGUCGAGCAGAGGAGACGCACAAUUUUCAAGGCCGACUCGUUAGGCUCAGUUAUUACGAGCUGACCAACCUCGUCAGCAACGAAGCAAACGGACUGAAGGUCACCGGAGCCAUCGGCGAAGUUUGGAACACGUUGUCGGAAUUGUUGAAUUUCACGUUGAAGCCAAUCAUUACCUAUGAAACUUCGGUGGGAUAUAUGAACCCCAAUGGCACGUACACGAUAGGUUUAUUGGGUAUGUUGUAUAGAAAUGAAACGGACGUUGUACCGAGGGUGGAAAUCUACAACAAGCGACUUGCGGCCGCCGUCUUUACCGUUCCUCUGUGGUCGACCAACAACCGAAUGUACAUUCGACAAGAAAUCAGACACCACAACCCUACAUGGAUAGUGAAGUUGUUUUCUCGGAAGGUCUGGGUCGCGAUUCUGACCACUUACUCUCUGCUAAGCAUCUGCAGUUAUCUGACCCAGAAGAUGACCACGAAGAUCAAGCACGAGAAGUGGAAAGCAAGCUUGAAAGAGCAUUUAUUCUACAACUUCGCCAUGUUCUGCGAUCAAAGUCACCGUCCAAACCAUAUAACCAAAAGUUCGAGAACUGUAGAGUUAUGGUUGGGCGUAUUCUGUCGUCUAGUGAAGACAACUUUCGACGCACUGUUGAUAGGCUACAUGGCGCAAAUUAUCAUCGUACCACCUUUCGACGACAUGAAGUCCUUGCUCGAAGAUACUUCGUACGAUAUACUUACCGUAAAAGGGUCUUUUCAGCAAAUGUAUUUUCAGGUGGCCGACGACCCAAUAGUUAAAAAAUUAGUUGCAGCGAACCGAGUAAAAAAUAUCGAAACUCAGGAGGAGAUGUACAAAAUAAUAUGCACGGCGAAUAAACUGUACGUGAUGAUGCAGGCCGAGGAUUUAAAGAAAACCGUGGGGAUGUACGUCUGUCGAUUAAAUCCCGUGGGACGUACCUUACGCACACAGUGGAUUAGUUCAGCCAUUUCCAAAAAGUUCACUUACAAAAGAACCAUCGACGUGGGGAUAAUCAAGAUGUUCGAAUUCGGUCUCAUGCAACGAUUGAAGCAUCGCUGGAUAGAAAUAAAAAAUGUCGAAUACACAUCGUCUAAAAAGGUGGAACCGAUUAUGCUAGAACAGAUCUAUUUAAUUCUGUUAAUGUUCAGCUCUGGAGUGUUUAUCUCUUUUACGAUUCUCGUAACCGAGAUACUAAUAUUUUACUACACCAAUUGACAAAUUAUUUAAAAGUA